AUGGAUUCAUCAGAUUUGUACAACGUGAAACAACAAUUCACUCUGAGCGCAUUUCAGGCCUUAGUGAAUCAAGACCUACCGGAUGAAUCUUCUCCUAACUACAUACCUGCGUUAAUCUAUAAAGCGCGCUCAUACAUUGCCCUCAACGAGCCAAAGUCUGCUUUGAAUCUAAUUCCCGAAAAUGCUGAAAACGUUGCUGUUAAGGCUGUCGCAUCCCUGGCGCGUUAUGUCAUAGCAGAAGGAUCCAGCGAUGUGGAAUCAACCCUCGAAGAGCUCCGGGAUCUGUCUGUCGAAAUUGAGGGCGAUGAUGUGGAAGGUAGUGAAAAAGACAAAGCAUUAGUCAGAGUUCUCGCAGGCACGGCGUUUGCGCGUGCUGGCGAGAUAGAAGAAGCUUUGGAAACACUGGGCUCUGAAACAGAAGAUCUUGAAGCGGUCGCUCUGAUAGUCCAAAUAUACCUCUCUAUCAAUCGACCCGAUCUAGCCAAAAAGCAGUUCGACCGUUCCAAACGUUGGGCAGAGGAUGACCUCCUAUUGCAACUCAUUGAAUCGACAGUCGGCCUUGCAACUGGCAAGGACAAUUACUCUAACACAAGUUCUUUCUACACAGAACAACUCGGUAACCCUUCCUUAACCUCUCCUCAUUUAUUGACGGCAAGAGGAGUUACGCGUAUACUUCGGGGCGAAAUUCAAGAAGCCAAAUCUGAUUUGGAAGAAUCCCUUCACCAACAGAAGGGGGAUGCAGAGGCUGAAGCUGCUUAUGCAGUCGCAACUGGCUUAGGAUCUUCAAAACGAUCAGAGGCUGAUGACAUAUGGGCGAAAUUGGCUUCUGAACAUCCCUCGCACCCUCUUGUGGCGGACGUUAACCAAAAGGCGGAUAUGUUCGAUCAAUAUGCAUCAAACUUUACCGUUCCGCCGCAAGCAGGAACAGUCUCUGCCUAG